AUGCCUUUACUAGGGGCCAGGUGCACUUACCGUUUGUUUUCAAACAUCGCAUCAGUUUCCAUUAGGAAUGCCAUUGGCAAAUCGUCAUACCCUUUAACUUUACGGAAUCAACAGUACCGAGGCAUUAUAACAUCAACUGUAGACUGGAAACCAAUCAAGACGGGCAGGAGCCCAAAUGAUGAUUCUCGAAGGAAAGGAUCCCUCGGCAAGAAAAUUGUUCUGGGCCUGAUGUUCGCAAUGCCUAUAAUAUCCUUCUAUUUAGGAACUUGGCAAGUAAGGAGGUUAAAGUGGAAGACUAAGUUGAUUGCGGCAUGUGAAACUAAACUGACUUAUGAACCGAUACCACUUCCCAAGUCAUUUACACCUGAUAUGUGCGAAGAUUGGGAAUACCGUAAAGUUAUCCUUACCGGUCACUUCCUUCACAGUCAAGAGAUGUUUGUUGGUCCAAGAAAGAAAAAUGGAGAGAAGGGUUAUUUUUUGUUCACACCGUUCAUUAGAGAUGACACCGGUGAAAAAGUGCUGAUAGAAAGAGGGUGGAUCAGUGAAGAAAAAGUGGCCCCUGACUCAAGAAAUCUACACCAUUUAUCGUUGCCUCAAGGAGAUCAUUUGAAAGUAGUUUGUUUGGUAAGACCACCAAAGAAAAGAGGUUCGUUACAAUGGGCGAAAAAGGAUCCGAAUUCUAGAUUGUGGCAGGUGCCGGACAUAUAUGACAUGGCAAGAUCAUCUGGGUGCACGCCUAUUCAAUUUCAAGCUUUGUAUGACAUGAAGGACCACCCAAUAAUCAAGGAACACACAAAGAGCGAGGCUCCACAAAAUAAUCCGGCUUCUAGCCUCUGGAUGUUCUGGAAACGGGAACAUACGACUACUGAGGACCGAACGCAAGCUGUCGCUAAUAAUAUAUCGAAACUUAAUGCUAGGCAGGAAAACCCAACAGACCAAACGAUCGAAUUCGAUGAACGGCAGUUCAUUAAAGCAGGUGUCCCCAUAGGUCGGAAGCCCACUAUUGACCUGAAGAAUAACCAUUUACAAUACUUGGUAACAUGGUAUGGUCUUUCGUUUUUGAGCACAAUCUUCCUUAUCGUGGCCCUUCGGAAGGCCAAAAGAGGGGGGGUUAUAUCCCAGGAUCAGCUGAUCAACGAGAAACUAAAGCAUUCAAAGAAGUAUAUGUGA